ACAAUAGUCAGCUGCGCUUCGAGUUGCGUUGUUGCGUAUUUUACGGUGAACACGCCCCCAUCCAUUGCUCUAUUUCAAUCUGUUUCAUUUUUAUUACAUUCAAUUUUUUAUUCGGAGAUACAAGGAAUCAAGGAACUUCAUUCGUGGCGUUCCUUUUAAUUUUGACAAAUUAAAAUUAAAUAAGUGUUUGAGUGCUAUAGAAUGCUUAUAAUUUAAUUUUGUGGCGUCUGAAGAAGACAUCAUUUGCCUAGCCGGUGUAUUUCACAAGCCAAAUAAUGAAUGACAAUGGUUGCAUUCACCUAAAUAAUUUUAAGGCUGCGAAGGGUACAAACCCUUAUAAAAUCGUGCAUGCAUUUUUUGUGUCAUGUACUUCUUUCGAAGCUAGGAGAUACAAGGCUACAUCAUGCCUGUGCUUCACGUGUGGCCUGCCGGGCCCCCGCAUGCAUUCAUGCCUGCAUUGCAUCUAUUUUGCCUGCUAUGCGGGCCACAUUCAAGACCACUCAAAGACUAAAAAGCAUUUCCUGUAUGUGGAUCUUAGCUAUGGAAACAUCUAUUGCGCUCAGUGCCAAGAUUACAUAUAUGAUCGAGAACUUACUGAGAUUGGUGUGACUCACCGACUCAAAGAAGCUAAGUCUCUCGGCAUCAGCAUGCCCUUCAUGCCAUGGCUACCUAACAGUAACGAAGCUAUGGCGCUCCGUCGUCUGCGCAAACGUCGACUCAUUAGCCCUCACACCACCAUCGGGUUGCGCGGCUUGCAGAACUUGGGCUCCACUUGCUUUAUGAACUGUAUUGUCCAGACAUUGAUCCACACUCCACUGUUACGUGACUAUUUCCUGGGAGAGAAACACAAGUGUAAAGCUCAAGGUUCAGGAAAAUGCCUCGUUUGCGAAGUUUCCAAACUUUUCCAGGAGUUCUACUCCGGUGCUAAGACACCUCUAACUCUCCAUCGUCUCUUGCAUCUGAUAUGGACACAUGCUCGGCAUCUAGCUGGAUAUGAGCAACAAGAUGCUCAUGAAUUUUUCAUCGCAACCCUAGAUGUGCUGCAUAGACAUUGCAUGAACGGCGUCGACGAGAAUGGCGAGAAAAAGGAAAAUGGUCGCUGCAACUGCAUAAUCGACCAGAUAUUUACUGGCGGGCUUCAGAGUGACGUGGUGUGCACUUCUUGCCAUGGAGUGUCCACCACCAUCGAUCCGUUUUGGGAUAUCAGCCUCGACGUGGCCGGUCCGGGAUCUCUCGCUGCCUGCCUCGAGCGUUUCACACGGGCCGAACAUCUGGGCUCCGGGGCUAAGAUCAAGUGCUCCAACUGCCGGGCUUACCGCGAGUCCACGAAACAGCUGACUUUGGAGACGUUGCCUAUCGUGGCUAGUUUCCAUCUGAAACGCUUCGAGCACUCGUCUCAGAUUGACAGGAAGAUCAAUGCUUUCGUGUCGUUCCCGGCGGAGCUGGACAUGACUCCGUUCAUGUCGUCGCACCGUCGCGCGGUGGACGUGGGCGCGGACAACAACAACGCUCCCGAAGGCGUGUUCGAGGACAACCGCUACUCGCUGUUCGCGGUGGUGAACCACGUGGGCUCGCUGGACGCGGGACACUACACGGCGUAUGUGCGCCAGAUGAAGGGCAGCUGGUUCAAGUGCGACGACCACAUGAUCACUCGCGCAUCACUGCGCGAGGUUUUGGAUAGCGAAGGGUAUCUGCUCUUCUAUCACAAGACUGUUCUGGAGUAUGACUGCGAUGCUUCUUAAGCGAUCCAAGUAAAUCACUUUACAAAAUAUUUAGUCAUUGAUUUGUAUCAGAUGCUAAUGCAUCACAUCUCUUACAUUUUCCUAUAUGUAUGUAUCAUGUAUACAAAAAAGUUAGAAGUUUUUGUUUUGAAACAAAAUAAAAUAUAUAAGUCAUCUCCCCUCGUGAUAUUAGUGUAGAUGUUUGAAAGAUGUCUCAAUGAUCAUCAUGUUCGAUGUUUUCUUCGGAAUCAUUCACGAAUUUGUUAGUUUUAAGCUUUAAUGUAAUAUUAACAUUAUAAACACUCAAUAGUUAUGUGCAAAAUUGUUCAAAACAUUAUCACUAUACAUAAACUUGGAAGACUUCUCGAUUUAAUGUUUAUGUGUGCUUUAUUGAGCUGCAAACAGGUUAUCUAUUAGUACCUUAUCUCAGCAAGUUUAGUUGGACUCUUCGAAUUAAUGGUUCACUUUUGAUUACAAGUUUUUACACUUAACUUCUAAUGUGAAGUAUUGAAUGUUUAGGCGUUAGUAUUUAUAAAUUAUAAAUACUAUGAUCUUGAUCUAAGUACCUCUUGUCAUAUACGAGAAAUUAUUUAGUCGCUUAUUCAUUAAAUUACAUAUAUCAUAAUUAUUCUUAAAAACUAUAAUCAAUUGUCAUUUAAGAAGAUACAUAUUUCUGUGACUAUGAAUUGUAACUACAAACGCGUAUAUGCGUAUUUAUAGUAGUUUAUAAUCAUUUUUUGUUUGUGUAUGUAAAAUAUUUCAAAUAGGUACUAUUCAGAUGUAUGGAACAAACAUUUCAAUCUACCUCGCUGUAUACCUAUCUCUAAUUUGCAUUUCACUGGGUCCCGUAAAGAAAUGUUUGGUAAUAGAAAAUCUGAUGUGUUAAUGUUGCUUGUAUUGUUGUAAGGCUAAAUAUACAUGAGCGCAACCUAUUCGAAAUAUACAUGUAACUUAUUGUAGAAGUAAUAAUAAUACCACCGAAGCAACGUCCCCCACCACGGGUUAUAUAAACAAAGUUAUAUUAUGGGUUGUGUAGCCUAUUUUAUAGCAAGUAAAAUUUCAUUCAAUGUUAUUAUUUAUAUAACUUUAUGUUUAACAAUUUUGAGCACAUAUGGUAGCAUGUGUGUGCGGAGUGUUUUAUUUUUUUGUUAUUUUUCGCUCAUGUGUAAGUAGCAUAGGUGGAUUUAAGUAGUUCGUAACCUAUGACUGGACUGACAUUAGCUUAAUGUGAUAUUUAAUAUUUAUGACUUGUAUUAAAUGUAGUUAGUUGUAUGGAUUUACAUUUCUGAAAAGUAGGUAUAAUUUUGUUUGAUUUAAUCUAACGCUUGGGAGUACUAGCAAAUUAUGAAAAAACAAUAGUUUAUCUCUAACAAACAUUUUUACUGCAACGAUAUUUUUCCUAAGAUAGAUGACAUUCCCUUAAUUUUAUAUCCCGUUGUACCUUCUCCAUAAUCGUAUUCUUGAAGUUAGAAUAUAUUUUAGGUAGUUAAUUAACCUCUCGUUUUUCAUAAUUUGCUAGCAUUAUGAGACAGUUUUAUUUGCAUUUAAUAUUAAUUUAGUGAUUUGGAUCCGAGCCUAAUCAAGUAUCUGGAAUAUUAGUCCAUAAUUAUUAUGGUAAUGUGAUAGACAAAAUGUCAUUACUCUAUUAUAAUGAUUUUUAUUUGUAAAUCAUUUAAAUAUGUAUGUAUAACACUCGAACAAAAAAUAUACAUAGUUUUAGGCGUCAUUUAUAACCGCUGAAUAUUGAAAAACAAUACAGGUAGACUUAAAUCAAAAUUAUGUAAACUUGUCUUUACAAGCGAUGGAGGGAUUUAUUCAUGUAGAAAUUUGAUUUCCUCUUUUGUCUUGGAUAUGUAAUUAUUUAUAAUAAUUUAAUUAUUACCUUGUCAUGCUUAUUCUUAGUCGAUCUUAUUAUAGUAUUGAAGUGUAUGAACAAACACAUUAAUCAAUAGACAUUAUGUUAUGUAAUAACUUCUCCAGUCUGUGAACACAUGUAAGCCAUGUAGACCGAGUCCCCAUAUUUAAAGAA